ACGACGGCGCGGCGGCGGCGAGGCCAUGGUAAUGGCGCUGCUCCCGCCCGCCGCCCCGGCCAUGGGAUGGGGAACGGGGCGGCGGGCCGAGCUGCAGGGCUCGGUAUCGGGCGCGGCGGCCCCGCGGCCUCCUCACAGGGGUCGCGCCACGCCUCCGGUCGAAGGAAUUCCAGUAAGAACAACUCUUGAUAACUCUACAACAGUCCAGUAUGCAGCUCUUCUUCAGCAGCUUGUCAUGAAAGCUAGGAGCACAGUACGAGAUAUUGACCCUCAGAAUGAUCUAACCUUUCUUAGGAUCAGAUCAAAGAAACAUGAAAUUAUGGUAGCUCCAGAUAAGGAUUAUCUCCUGGUCGUUGUUCAGAACCCAUGUGAAUAGUCCUACUAUGGCAAUACUUUCAGAGACAGUGAUGUAGUUCUGCAUGUUAAACUAAUAUUACUUGUUGAUAUUUAGUAUCAAACAUAGCACUAACUGAUUUUACAUAAAGUGUAACUGUCGUGGCAGAAAUGCUGCCAAUUUGAAGUUCCCAGCUGUAGCUAUAUCAGUUUGUGUUGGAGCAAAUCGUAAUGCAUCUAUCAAAAUAUUGUAUGUUUAUCUUGAUACUCAGGAGAGCAAUAAUAAAGCAAAAUGCUGUAAACUCUCUUAA